CCGGUUAUCGGCAACCUGCACCAACUAAACAAAGGUGGGGAACUAGUUCAUGUGACUCUAGCAAAAAUGGCUCAAGAACAUGGAAAAAUCAUGACAGUCUGGUUCGGGGGUAAACAGCCAUCGAUCGUGGUGAGCCACCACGAAGCAGCGUGGGAGGUUCUGGUGACUAAAGCUUCGGAUUUUUCUUCAAGAACGCUUCCGUAUAUGUCAAAGUUCAGCAGUGCAGAUUGGCAUACUCUUGCAACAUGUAAUCUUGGUCCGUUUUGGCAAAAUCUAAGAAAAUGUCUACAAACUACAACUCUUAAUCCUCAUACUUUUUCUGCACAAGUUCAUUUGCAAGAGAAAGAUAUUUCAAAUUUGAUUCUUACCUUCAAAGAAGAAGCUUCUUUGAAUGGCGGAAUGGUCCCACUUCAAAGAACCACGAUUCAGCUCAUCGGACGAUUCUGUUUUGGAGUCGAAUUUGAAGAUAAAGAUGGGUUUGUAGAAAACAUAGAUGCCGUGAUGGAGGAGACUAUUAGACUAAGUGGACAUGCUCGUUUAGUAGAUGUGUUCGAAUUCACUCGAUACAUACCUGGAUUCAGGCUUCUCUUCAAAGAGGCAUACGAAUUGAAGCAUAAAAUAGAAGAAACUAUCCGUCCGUAUAUUCGUCGAUAUAAAUCAUCAACAAACUGUUUCUUGCAGUUUCUCCUCAGCCAGGAGGAUUACAGUGAAGAAGUAGUCAUCUUCAACCUUUUCGAACAGUUCUUGCUUUCAACUGAUAGCACCUCGAAUGCAACUUCAUGGGCACUCGCGUAUUUGAUACACGAUGAGAAAAUUCAACAAAAGGUCUACGCAGAAGUGCAGGAAUUAACUGGAAAUGGUCAUUCAAGAGAAGAAAUGAUAACAGUUGAGGAAGUGAGCAAGUUAUAGUAUGUGAAUGCAGUAGUAAAAGAGGUCUUGAGAAUGAAACCAAUCGCGCCAUUAGCAGUACCGCAUCAAGCAGUCUGCGACAGCAGCUUGAUGGGAAUGAAGGUGCGUAAAGGUACACCAGUUAUGGUGAACAUAUAUGCUGUACACUAUGAUCCAACUGUCUGGGUCGAACCGCAGAGGUUCAUGCCAGAGAGGUUCUUGGGUGCUUUGAACGAUGGUGGUGAUAAAAACAAGGCAACUCUAGCCAUGGAAAGGUCAUUAAUUGCGUUUGGUGCAGGGAGAAGAAUAUGUGCAGGAAUGGAUUUGGCUAAACUUCAAGUUGCUCUAACUCUGGCGAAUUUGGUGAACAGUUUUCGCUGGUCAUGUGUCAGUGAAGGGAAAUUCCCUGACUUGACAGAGGAUCUUUUCUUUAUUUUAAGGAUGAAGACACCUCUUGUUGCCCGUAUAGUGCCUCGUUAGUCAUUGUUUAUCG